UUCAAAUUUCAGCAAGGGCAGGUAAAAUACCGUACGUGACAAAGUACUGCGUACGUUCGUAGCCUACUUGUGUUUAAAACGAAGACGAAAGUCGCACACGCAGCUGGCGUAUAUUCUUAAUUGAAACAACCAUGGCGGGUCAGUUGAGUUUCGACAACCCUAUUUUCUCCAAGUUUGCAUUUUACUCCACCCUGGUCGUGGGUAAAACAAUGAUGAUGAGCCAUCUAACGACGAUCAACAGAAUACGAAAAGAGGCGUACGCCAACGAAGAGGAUACGAAGACGUUUGGAAAAACUCCGGGUUUGCUUGUGAAGCUAGCGGACUCUACUGUGGAACGAAUUAGAAGAUGUCACCUGAAUGAUUUGGAAAACGUUUUCCCGUUUGUGUUGGUCGGCCUGUUUUACGUGUCGAGUGGCCCAGAUUCAACCAUUGCUACGUGGCACUUCAAAAUAUUUGCUGGGGCCAGGAUCCUACACACGCUGGCGUACCUCUUUUCGUUGCCUCAACCCUGCAGAUUCCUGUGUCACAACGUCUGUUGGUUUGUCACCGCGUCCAUGGCCGCACGAGUACUUGCCAGGGCACUAGAUAUAGAGUUUUACAUAUAACUAGAAAGCUGGACACGUGCAUUGGCAUUUACCCGUAUAUUAAUCAAAACAGUUGUACACCGCUGCAUGCUGCAUAACAACAAUUGUAACCCAUUGUAUACAUUAUAGCUUGUACAUGUUCAAAAUAUGUUUGUUUUAUAAAGCAAAAUUUUAAAGAAUAAUUCUGUAAUGUUUUGCUUGUUUUAAUAAACUUGGGUUACAUUUUGUCGAA